GUGUCACAACGCAAGCUCUCCAUUAAAACUCAGAUCUUCUCUUCCAUACAGACACUGACAGCUUUAAGAAAGAGAAAGAAAGAAACAUUUCACUUUGCACCAGUAGCAGUCCGCCUGGAUCACAUUCAACAUCUCUGCACUGGAUCAUGGUCCUUCAGGCCAGCGGUGUCAUGAGUAUCCCAGCUACUGUGAGUGUUAACAACCAGCCACCUGCUUCCUGGACAACCCACUACAACUGCUCUGAUGUGACAUCUGGUUACAUGAGCCGGCUCUGGUCUCAAGAUCUUCACCCACAAAACUGGACCAAGUACCAGGUGUGGGAAUGGCUCCAACAGACGCUGGACAUGCACCAAAUUGAUGCCACCAGCAUUCCCUUCCAGAACUUUGACCUUGACGGGAGGCAACUGUGCAACAUGAGUUUCCAAGACUUCACCCGGGCAGCCGGAUCCGUAGGUUCCAUUCUUUUCCAAAGCCUGACUGACCUCAAGUGGAACGGUCAGUAUGGUCAAACAGAUACGUUUACACCAGGGGACAUUAAAACAGAAAUAGAGACAAACUUCUCUUGUUCAAUCCUUCCCUUCAAGGAAGAAUCCAACUUUUACACUUCAGAACUGUUUGAUUUCAAAACCUCAUUCCAGCCCAACACCAUAUUAUCUUCACCUGCUCCUUCAAGCCCAGAUCCCAAGCGGUCACAAGUCAAAAGACACAACCCUCGUGGGACACACCUAUGGGAGUUCAUCCGAGACAUUCUCCUUAACCCCGAGCGUAACCCCGGCCUGAUCAAAUGGGAGGACCGGUCCGAGGGGGUUUUCCGCUUCCUUAAGUCCGAAGCCGUGGCUCAGCUUUGGGGCAAGAAGAAAAAUAACAGCAGUAUGACCUAUGAGAAACUCAGUCGAGCGAUGAGGUAUUAUUAUAAACGAGAGAUUCUGGAACGGGUGGAUGGACGUAGACUUGUCUAUAAGUUCGGCCGAAAUGCUCGAGGAUGGAGAGAUUCUGAGAAGUGAAGGACUUUGUCUUCACGUGUAGCUUCCAAGUGAAACCUACUGUAUAUUUAUAACAUUAUUGAGUUUUGUUUUUUUAAGAACUUGAACUUAUCAUUUGAUUAUAUUUUUAAACGUUCUUUACAUUGUUUACAUUACAAAUGUACCACUAAUUUUAUAUGCAUUUGACUCUAAAAGUGUAAAUGUACAUGUUUUGUAUCUGCUGUGAAAAGUCAUUUGUCCUGAAUGCAAGGUCCUGUUCAUCAAGUAGAAUGAACUCAAUUUAGAGUAGACUUAAGGCCUUUUUACACUAAACACGAAAAUUUGGAUCGAAAAAAUAGAUCACU